GCUGCCCCCCCCCCCCUCUUUUUUUUCCUACAACAAACAAUGGCGCUGUCCACAGAACGUGUAGCUUCAGUAUUAUGGAAACAAAUGCACGGUUUAAUAUGCGUUUACAAACCACCCGACAUCACUUUAGGACGUCUCGUGCAAAAUUUAAGGCUUAUUAUUCCCGCAGGACUGAACAAAAUGAUUGUUCGACAACCCAGAAAAGUCAUUCGAUACGAUGCAACUGUGGGAAUGCCAGUGGAAACCAUAGAAACUGAUUACUCUGAUCAUCCCCUAGUCAUUGGGCCGCGCUAUGAACCAUCAGAGAUCCGGUAUUUCUGUGCCAGUGCUCUCACAUUGCAUGGUGGUGGCGUUUGUAUGGUGGGUCUAAACGGCGGAAGACAUCUGGCUAAAGAUUUAGAGAGUUCUAAACCAGUAAGAGUUUACAGAUUAGUUGGACAGCUUGGUCUAGCAACUGACAAUUUGCACAAGUCAGGUAAAGUAGUUGAGAGGACAACAUUUCAUAAAGUGCAUCGGUCAAUCAUUGAUAGUGUGGUGGCCGCAAUGCAGUCGUCACACCAACGCCACAUGUAUCACAACUCAGGAGUAAAUAUACAAAGCCAAACUGCCUAUGAUCUUGCAGUUAAAGGUCUUCUGCGUCCUGCAGAUGACAGUUUCCCCAUAAUCUACAACAUUAAAUGUGUUGAUUUCACCCGGCCUUUCUUCACAAUUGAAGUUGCUUGCAUUAAUGAGAGAGAAGAUCAACUCAUGGGCCUCAUCCAUACAAUUGGUUUAAAAGUGAAGAGUGCAGCAAGGUGCAAUAGCAUUAAAUGCAUUAGAUAUGGACCAUUCACUUUGGAGCAUGCACUUCUCCAACACCAAUGGAAAGUUGACAAGAUAGCAUCAAAUAUUCAAAUGUGUAAUGCUAUCAAUGAAGAAGAUAUUAAGUCUGGCAGAAGAGAAAAUAUUGAUCUAGUCCCUAUGGAAAUGAAUAGGGAAGAAAAGUGGGAAAAUGAAGACAGAGAAGACUGGAAUCAGCCACUUUCUAGUGCAGUAAGAGGACCAGCAAAUCAAAGGGAACGACGUAGGCUAAACCAUUUGGAAUCUAGGAACCAAAUUAAUGGCCAGUUGCACUCAGGAAAUGAAGAGUGAUCUUGCCUUAUCUGACUGUUUGAAAAACUGUGAUAAGUAGCCACAUACAUAAAAUAAUAAAUCAGAUUAAGACCUAA